UCCCGCAAAGUAUCCUGUUGAAAACGUCGCGGAAUGAUGACGCGUGAUGUUAUGGGUUGUAGCAGACAUUUAGAUCCAGCACCGAUCACAGCUAUAAGUCGUCUGCUUUAAUCGCAUAAUUACACAGUAUUCUGGACAUCUGUGUUGCUGAAUCUUUUCCAAUUUGUUCAAUUAAUAAUGGAGACUACAAAGAAGAAACAACAGUCGGUGGAAAGCGGUGUAUUGCGACCGGCUGUAGCAACACAAACACAGCCGGUGUUUCUUUGUUUACAUUCCCUAAAGGUGACGGUGAAGCUUUAAUAUGGAACAGAGCGGUCAAGCGAACAUGUUUCUCUACCACAGGUCAACUGGCAGGUUUCGGUGAGAAAAUUGUGGAAAUAAGUUGGCUCUUACUGUAGACAUGAGCGGAGCUUGUGUCAUUCUUCCUGCAGCUGUCAAAGAGGCAGCUGCGACUCUCUUGCCUCCUCCGUGGUUUCCCUCAGAGACACUGGCGGUCACCACACCCGUGGCCACACCCCUCCGACUUUCAGGUAUGACUAUAUAAUCUCACUAAAACACUAGUAACACAAUAGGCAGAUAAGAGAUUUUCCAUAAUUAUCCUAGUAAAUGUGUCUAAUAUCUGAAUCUCUCCCACUGCCCUCUUUUUUUUUUUUUCCGCUGGUCCUUCCCUCUUACUUUCCUUAUCCACAAACCUUUCAUCCUCGCUCAAAUUAAUGAGGAAAUUGUCGCUUUUUCGGUCUGAAUCGCUGUCGCUGCUGGUGGCCAUGAUUAUAAACAAUGUGAGGAGCUCCACAACCCGUGACAUCACGCGCACAUCGUCUGCUACUUCCAAUACAGGCAAGGCUUUUUUAUUAGCGAUCAAAAGUUGCGAACUUUAUCGUCAAUGUUCUCUACUAAAUCCUUUCAGCCAAAAUAUGGCAAUAUCGCGAAAUGAUCAAGUAUGACACAGAAUGGACCUGCUAUCCCUGUUUAAAUAAGAAAAUCUCAUUUCAGUAGGCUUUUAAAAUUGUGAUCAAUAUUUGCAAAUGUACUGUAGUAUAGAGCAGUGUUUUUCAACCUAUUUUGAGCCAAGGCACAUUUUUUGUGUUGAAAAAAUCCGGAGGCACACCAGCAGCAGAAAUCAUUAAAAAAACAAAACUCAUUUAACAAUAAAAAGUCGUCGUCGCAAUUGUUGGAAAACUGUAAACCAUAACCAAGCAUGCAUCACUAUAGCUCUUGUCUCAAAGUAGGUGUACUGUCACAUUACGCCCUGACUUAUUUUGACUUUUUUGCUGUUUUUCUGUGUGUAGUGUUUUAGUUCAUGUCUUGUGCUCCUAUUUUGGUGGCUUUUUCUCUUUUUUGGUAUUUUCCUGUAGCAGUUUCAUGUCUUCCUUUGAGCGAUAUUUCCCGCAUCUACUUUGUUUUAGCAAUCAAGAAUGUUGCUGUUGUUUUAAUACUUCUUUGUGGGGACAUUAGUGAUUGUUAUGUCAUGUUUGAAUGUACUUUGUGGACGCCGUCUUUGCUCCACAGUAAGUCUUUGCUGUCGUCCAGCAUUCUGUUUUUCUUUACUUUGUAGCCAGGUCAGUUUUAGUUUCAUUCUGCACAGCCUUCCUUAAGCUUCAAUGCCUUUUCUUAGGGACACUCCCCUUUUGUUUGUUUGGUUUAAGCAUUUGACACCUUUUUUUUUUUUUUUUACCUGCACCCUGCCUCCCGCUGUUUCCGACAUCUGCAAAGCAAUUAGCUACCUGCUGCCACCUACUGACAUGGAAGAGUAUUACAUGGUUACUCUCCCGAGCUCUAGACAGCACCGACACUCCACAACAACACAUCAUUUACUUCCUAUAACUACUGGUCUGCAAAAAAUAUUUUUUACCCAAAUAGGUGAAAUUAGAUCAUCUCCCACGGCACACCAGACUGGAUCUAACGGCACACUAGUGUGCCGCGGCACAGUGGUUGAAAAACCACUGGUAUAGAGGACUAACUGAAUACAUCUAUCCGUAAAAAAAAGCACUUCCGGUAUAUUUCCUUUCACAACAAAAUGUGGUGUACUUGUAUUUUGAAUUAACACGGGCUUAUCAUCCAAAUACAUAAAAGAAAAACUGCCGAUAUAAAGUGACGUGAUUAUAGAAUUAGAUGCAUCGUCUGUUUCCCCUUUUUCAGUGUUAAAACUGCUGCUGUUAUAUCCUGUUACUAACCUGCUUUUUUAUUUAUUUAACUCAGACCGGAAGUGGCUGCUUGCUGCCGCUAGCUUGACACGGAGUUGCGCGGUAACAAGUGCUGCGGUGUGCAAGAAGUCAGCAUGGCAGCGUGCACCAUACCAAAUGUACGCUUAGCAAGGCUUCUCUUGCUGUUUACUGCCGCUUUGUUGCUCCUCUCCAGGUGGGUCACCGCCAACACGACCGCAAGGCCGCACGGGGGCUUCACAAACGCGGGCAGGAGCGCAGCGCUCACCGGCGAGGCUCCAAGAAGCUCUGCAGAAAGUUCACCGCCUCACUCCGAGGAUGCUCCAAGCGAGGGAAAAGGUAUUUUGCUAUUAGAAAAGAGGCCCGCCAGGAGACUUACGGGAGUCCACAAGUCCAAAAGUGUCGUUAGGAAGCCGAAAGUCUUCAGCAGAAAACCAAAGGUGUUGAAGAAAUCCAAACCCGUGGUCAGAAAAGGUGUGAGCCCGUCUGUUGCCAAGGAGACGGCGACAGACUGUCCUCCUCUGGGUCUGGAGUCACUUAAGGUCAAGGACACUCAGCUGAGGGCUUCGUCCUACAAGCGCCGAGGUCUGGGCCCACACCGCGGUCGCCUCAACAUCCAGUCGGGCAUCGAGGACGGCGACAUCUACGACGGCGCCUGGUGCGCCAACGAGCGCGACAGGAAGCAGUGGCUGGAGGUGGACGCCCUGCGCUUGACCCGCUUUACCGGCGUCAUCCUGCAGGGGCGCAACUCUAUCUGGAGCUGGGACGUGGUCCACUCCUACAAGGUGCACCUCAGCAACGACUCGCUGGCGUGGACGCCAUGCAUGAACGGCUCAGAGGAGGCGGUCUUUGAAGGCAACACGGAUGCGGAGACGCCUGUCCUGGCCCUCCUGGGGCACACAGGGUCCACGGUGGCGCGCUACAUCCGCAUCAACCCCCAGACGUGGUACCAGAACGGCACGCAGGGCAGCAUUUGCCUGAGGGCAGAGGUGCUGGGCUGCGCGCUUCCAGACCCGCAGGCCGCGCAUGCCGCGCACGCCCCCACAGACAAACUGGACUUCCGUCACCACGACUACAAAGACAUGAGGAAGCUGAUGAGAGGGGUCAGCGAGGCGUGUCCCGACAUCACGCGCGUCUACAGCAUCGGGAAGAGCUACACGGGCCUCCAGCUGGUCGCCAUGGAGAUCUCAGAUAACCCGGGAAAACACGAGCUGGGAGAACCCGAAUUCCGCUACGUGGCCGGGAUGCACGGGAACGAGGUCCUGGGCCGGGAGCUGCUUCUCAGCCUGAUGCAGUACAUGUGCCGGGAGUACAAGAAGGGCAACCAGCGCGUGGUGCGUCUGGUCCAGGAGACGCGCAUCCAUCUCCUGCCCUCCAUGAACCCCGACGGCUACCAGAUGGCCUUCAAAAAGGGCUCGGAGCUGUCCGGCUGGGCUCUGGGUCGGUACAGUUACGAGGGCAUCGACAUGAACCACAACUUCGCUGACCUCAACUCCGUCAUGUGGACCGCCAUAGAACUGGAGACGGACCGCUCCAAACUCAUCAACCACUACUUCCCCAUCCCCGAGCAGUACGCCUCCGAGGACGCCUUCGUGGCGUCGGAGACCCGCGCCGUCAUCGACUGGAUGCAGGACAUCCCCUUUGUUCUCGGCGCCAACCUGCACGGAGGGGAGCUGGUGGUCACGUACCCGUUUGACAUGACCCGCGACUGGGCGCCCCGGGAGCACACGCCCACCCCCGACCACAGCUUCUUCCGCUGGCUGGCCACCGCCUACGCCAGCACCAAUCAGGUGAUGUCCAACCCUGACCGCAGGCCAUGCCACAACAAGGACUUCAUCAGGUACAACAACAUCAUCAACGGUGCCGCCUGGCACAACGUACCCGGAAGCAUGAACGAUUUCAGCUACCUGCACACAAACUGCUUCGAGGUGACGGUGGAGUUGUCGUGUGACAAGUUCCCCCACGCCAGCGAGCUUCCUGCGGAGUGGGAGAACAACCGGGAGUCUCUGCUGGUCUACAUGGAGCAGGUGCACCGCGGAAUCAAAGGCGUGGUCCGCGACAAAGACACGGACGCCGGAAUCUCGGACGCCGUCAUCAAAGUGGACGACAUCGACCAUCACAUCCGAUCAGCUGCCGACGGCGACUAUUGGCGCCUGCUCAAUCCCGGCGAGUACAGGGUGACGGCGAGCGCCGAGGGCUACCUCCCGUCCUCCCGCACCUGCCAGGUCAUGUACGACUACUUCCCCACCAUCUGCAACUUCCGCCUGGCCAAGGCGCCCGAACAACGCGUCGGGGAGAUUUUGGGAAAAGGCGGCAAACUGCCCCAAGACCUGCAGCUGCGCCUGCGUCUGCUGCGUUUGCGCAAGCUCCGCCUCUCCGGCAAGGCCAUCGAUCGGCGCCGCGCCGCCGCUGCGUCCGCGAGACGAGCUAAGAGGGUCUGAUGGCGACGUUUCAGCAGAACCUUUUGUGGACUAACGGUUUCAGUGAAGGUCAGUAACCACGACUUCCUGUUUGCAAUAAUGGCAUCACCACGGCAACCGGCGUCCUUCUCAAGACUGCAGUAAAUGUGAGUAAUAAAUACGAAUGACGUC